AUGUCUCCGUCCGACAUACCCCACUCCGGCUUACGGAAAGGAACGAAAAGCUGCACCGAGUGCAGACGACGGAAAGUUCGCUGCAUUAGGAUUCCUCGAGAAGCAGAUACAUGUCAACAAUGUGAGGAUCGAGAGGUGGUCUGUACUGCACAGGUGUCGAAAAGGACGCGAUCAUCCCAACCCUCGCGACUCCCGUCACGACGUCGCAUCGCUCAGCUCGAAUCGCAGGUCGCGCAGUUAACAGGAGUUGUGAACAACAUCGAACACAAGCUUGGAUAUAAGCCAUCUCAGAUCCCUAGCGGUAAAGAUGACCAAUUCUCGGGCCCCGACGACUCGGAAGGCGAAAGUAGUGGGUCGGAUAUUCCCAUGACUGAAAAACCAUCACACCUGCAAUCGCUAUUCCAGAACCACUGGCUGAGUGCUGAUCCAUGUCAGCAUGAACAGCAGGCGCAGCAACGUAUGGAUAAAUUGUUUGCACAACUGUCGAUUGAUGUGCGACCAAAACUCCAAAAUAUGAUCCCACUAAAGGAGGAAGUAGCGGAUAUUGCAGGAUCCGCCUACGAUUGGCUGACUGCACUUCAUGCACUAUUCCCACAACCCCUGAUGCUGAAGUCUCCACGAGAAUUACUAGAUAGCUACGAGUCAAUGUGUAGUCCCCACAUAGACGUUAUCCUGCUAGCCUCUUGGCUCCUUACACUUGCACUUACCGCACAGCAAAUCCAUACCGGACGGGAAGAUUCCAACGUCUAUUUGAGAAAGUGCCAGAGGAGGUUUGAGUUUUGCCAGUCGAUUAUACACAUAGUGGAUGAUACACUACUCUGCCAUGAUCGAUUGGUGGGAACCAUCCAAGGGCUUGGGAUGGCUCUACAUUUCAUUAGACUGCAAGUAGGCCAAGGAAACUUUCAAAAGGCCUGGAUUAAAUUACGCCACAUCAUUGCGAUUGCAGAAUUGAUGGGCUUACCUAAAAUAUUCCAAGCCGUGCGCUUCAACCAACACACCGGCGCGGACGACACGUCACUUCACAAAGUGCAGCUGUGGCAAGCAAUCUGUAAUAUAGAACGGCUAAAUGGCAUGGUUCUAAAUCUCCCCCCGGGGACCGCACGGUAUCAAUUGACCACGGCUUCUCCACUUAAUGUUGAUGGCAGUAUCCACGUCACAACUUAUCUCACCAGGCUUUUGAACAUUUCUGUCAAGGUUUAUGAUCUGGACGAAGUCAGCUCUACACAUGAAUCUAGUAUGAAAACGCAAAUGGCCGCUCUGGAGAUGGCUCAGGCCCUUGGGGAGCUCGCCAGCCAAGCGCCAGAUACAUGGUGGGUAGGCGAAGAACGAGAUCACAUAACACCAGACGAUGUUGUACAGUUUUUACAUUGCUGUGUCCUCAUGAGAGUCUAUCUACCGGUUGUGCUGAAGCAGAGCCUUGGAGAUGAGCUCAUGUACGCUCGGCUACCGUGCAUAGAUGCUUGUGAAUCAGUGGCACGCCGGUUUCUAACGCUCCGGAGAAAGCUUCCCGCGGGUUUGUUCAUGUCUCGAAUAUUGGAUCUACAGGCCCUUACAUCAGCGUCCGUACUCCUUCUCCUUUCCCACCACGUCCGCUCGACAGACCGUCAUAGCCUCCGGGUCGAUACAAGGCACCUCCAUGCAGUAGUCUCGGAGAUCAUCACUUUGCUUGGCGAAAGGGCGAGGGACCCGACCAAUUCCGAACUUGCAGUUGAGGCAUACAAUACCCUUCGCGCGUUAGACCAGCUCCUUCACCAAGACGGCCGAGCUGGGGAGGCUGAACGAUUAACAGUUACAGUCCCGUUACUGGGGAAGAUACAUGUCCGACGUAACGCCCGCUUGGCUCCGCAACCCCGGGUAACUAUCCAGUCGUCGUCUCAGCUAGAGCCAAAUGUAACUAUUCCAAGGUGGAUUUCUGCAUCACAUCCACUGCAGGGUCGACCCAGCCUCGGCACGAACGUAGCUGCAAACGAAGCUGAUUCAGCUCCGGACAAAUGGCGAUUGACUGACCUUUCCUGGUCAGUUGAAGGCAGCCUUGAUAACCUACUGGAAGAUGUUUUCUUGAACGAGAGUAUUGGGCAAUACGUAAACAUUUGA